CGCCGCUCGCGCCGCAGCGCCCCGAACGAGCUUCUGUGGACGGUGACGCUGGCCGAGGGGCCCCGGGGGGAGCAGGCGGAGGAGGUGCCGGUGAACCGCAUCUUGCCCCACCCCAAGUUUGACCCUCGGACCUUCCACAACGACCUGGCCCUGGUGCAGCUGUGGACGCCGGUGAGCCCGACAGGGGCGGCGCGCCCCGUGUGCCUGCCCCAAGAGCCCCAGGAGCCCCCCGCAGGCACCGCCUGCGCCAUCGCGGGCUGGGGUGCCCUCAUCGAAGAUGGGCCUGAGGCUGAGGCGGUGAGGGAAGCCCGUGUGCCCCUGCUCAGCGCCGACACCUGCAGAAGGGCCCUGGGGCCAGGGCUGCGCCCCAGCAGCAUGCUCUGUGCCGGCUACCUGGCCGGGGGCAUUGACUCGUGCCAGGGUGACUCUGGAGGCCCCCUGACCUGUUCUGAGCCUGGCCCCCGCCCCAGGGAGGUACUGUACGGAGUCACCUCCUGGGGGGACGGAUGCGGGGAGCCAGGGAAGCCUGGGGUCUACACCCGUGUGGCUGUGUUCAAGGACUGGCUCCAGGAGCAGAUGAGCGCCGCGAGCCCAGCUGCAGGGAGCUUCUGGCUUGGGACCCGUCGGAGGAGCCGCUGGCAGAUGCCGCCCCGCCCUGUGCCUUCUACGCCCACCUGUGCCCGGGGCCCGCGGGCGCCUGUGCGCGCCUGGCGCACCAGCAGUGCCUGCAGCGCCGGCGGCGAUGUGAGCUGCGCUCGCUGGCGCACACCCUACUGGAGCUGCUGCGGGGCGCCCAGGAGCUGUUCGGCCCGCGCCCGGGGGCGCGGCCCCUGGCCCCGGCCCUGGCUCGGCCGGCUCCGUCGCUCCGGGAUCCUUCCAGGCACCCCUCCCGCGAGCAGCGGCUGCACUCAGGAUCGCGGACGGCAGGCCCUGGGCUCCCGAAGCGGAGGUCGGAGCAGCGCGGGGAAGCGAACGGCUGCCCUGGGCUGGAGCCCCUGUGGCAGAAGUUGGCUGCCCUCCAGGGCACCCAUGCCUGGAUCUUGCAGGUCCCCUCCGAGCGCCUGGCCAUGGACUUUCACGAGGAGCGGCCGACCCAAGACCCAGUCAGAGGAACAGGAUGGAGGGGCCCGUGUUAACGCUGGGGCUGCUGGCUGCCCUGGUCGUGUGUGCUGGGGCCUGAACGAGGAGGAGCGGCUGAUCCGGCACCUGUUUGAGGAGAAGCAGUACGACAAGGAGCUGCGGCCCACGGCGCACAAAGAGGAGACUGUGGACGUCACCCUGGCCCUCACCCUCUCCAACCUCAUCUCCCUGAAAGAAGUUGAAGAGACCCUCACCACUAACGUGUGGAUUGAGCAUGGCUGGACAGACAGCCGGCUGAAGUGGGAUGCCAAAGAUUUUGGGAACAUCAGCGUCCUGCGUCUGCCCUCUGACAUGGUGUGGCUCCCAGAGAUAGUGCUGGAGAACAACAAUGACGGCUCCUUCCAGAUUUCCUACUCCUGCAAUGUGCUCAUCUACCCCUCAGGCUACGUGUACUGGCUGCCGCCCGCCAUCUUCCGCUCCUCUUGCCCCAUCUCCGUCACCUACUUCCCCUUCGACUGGCAGAACUGCUCCCUCAAGUUCAGUUCACUCAAGUACACGGCCAAGGAGAUCACCCUGAGCCUGAAGCAGGAUGAAGAGGAUGGCCGCUACUACCCCGUGGAGUGGAUCAUCAUCGACCCCGAGGGCUUCACAGAGAACGGGGAGUGGGAGAUAGUGCACCGGCCGGCCAGGAUCAACGUGGACCCCAGUGCCUCACUGGACAGUCCCAGCCGCCAGGCCGUCACCUUCUACCUCAUCAUCCGCCGCAAGCCGCUCUUCUACGUCAUCAACAUCCUGGUGCCCUGCGUGCUCAUCUCCUUCAUGAUCAACCUGGUCUUCUACCUGCCUGCAGACUGUGGCGAGAAGACAUCAAUGGCCAUCUCGGUGCUCCUGGCCCAGUCUGUCUUCCUACUGCUCAUCUCUAAGAGGCUGCCGGCCACGUCCAUGGCCGUCCCCCUCAUCGGCAAGUUCCUGCUCUUCGGCAUGGUGCUGGUGACCAUGGUCGUGGUGAUCUGUGUCAUCGUACUCAACAUCCACUUCCGCACGCCCAGCACCCACGUGCUGUCUGAGGGAGUCAAGAAGCUCUUCCUGGAGACCCUGCCUGAGGUCCUGCACAUGUCCCGUCCGGCAGAGGAUGGGCCCAGCCCUGGCACCCUGAUCCGGAGGAGCAGCUCGCUGGGCUACAUCUCCAAGGCAGAGGAGUACUUCUCGCUGAAGUCCCGAAGUGACCUCAUGUUUGAGAAGCAGUCAGAGCGUCAUGGGCUGGCCCGGCGCCUCACCACCGCACGUCGGCCCCCAGUAGGCUCUGAGCAGGCCCAGCAGGAGCUCUUCAGUGAGCUGAAGCCAGCUGUGGAUGGGGCCAACUUCAUCGUCAACCACAUGAAGGACCAGAACAAUUACAAUGAGGAGAAGGACUGCUGGAAUCGGAUAGCCCGCACAGUGGACCGACUCUGCCUGUUUGUGGUGACACCCAUCAUGGUGGUGGGCACAGCCUGGAUCUUCCUGCAGGGAGCCUACAACCAGCCUCCACCUCAGCCUUUCCCUGGGGACCCCUUCUCCUACCGGGAGCAGGACAAGCGCUUCAUCUAGAGUGGGCCUGCCCUCCCCGGCCUGGCCAAACAACCAGGGCAGGUGGUUGGCCUGAAAGGGAUGUACAGGGGGUGGGGUGGAUAGCUGUGUGGACAGGGGUGUCUGGGAAACAACCAGCUCUUCCUGGGCAGACCAAUUUCCAGCCCUGAGACUUUGAGCCCAGUUGGUCCUGCCAGGCUGGGGCAGAGAUGAGCUGAGGUCAAGGGAGGGAGGGGGAAGCCCUAAUUCUCAACAGUGGUUCCUUUGCACAUAAAGCCAGGAGCCACCGGAGAAGGCCUGAGAGUGGACGUCGGCUGGGGGUGGGGCAGGACGAUCUGGGGGGAGGCAGAGGGGUGGCUCAGGGACCAGGGAGGAUGCCACUCAGGCUGGCCUUUUGGGACCCCUCUGUGAGGGGUCAGGAAGGCAGAGACAUCUUCUUGCCUCCCCCUCCCCCAAGUGGGGGUGGAACAGGUGGGGUCCUGGGCCUUUACUUCCCGGCUCCUCCAGCCGCCUCCUUCCGCCAACCCCUUAGUCUUGAGCUUCUGAGGCCCCACCUGGAGCCGAGGUUGGGGAUGCCUCUCUCUCCAGGCCCACUAGGGAAGGAGUUUUUUGGCGGGUUCAGGAGCAUCAGGAUUGCAGAAUGGCCUUCCCCAGCCCUUUCUGCCUUGGCCACUCUAUCUUCCCCCCCCGGGAAGCUGAGGAUGGGGGUGGAAGGGUCAGGUUCAGCAUCCACAGAGGCCAGAGGUCAGCCUGUCAACCUCAGGUCACAUGCACCAUCCUAAAGCCCCAGAACUCAGCAAUCCCCCCAGGCUUGUCCCCUUGAGCACCUACUCCUCCUUCCCAAAAUAGGGUUGCCAGACAAGACUUGGGACAUACUUAUACUAAAAAAUGAUUCAUUGUUUACCUGAAAUUCAAAUUUAACUGGGAAUCCUGUAUUUUAAUUUGCUAAAUCUGGCAACUCCACCCCAAAGGGAGCCCCCGCCAGUCCUAUCCCAAAGGCCAAGGGCUGAGGCUGCAGGAGCCGGAGGAUGUAGUUUUGUGUGGUAGCCCACCUCCAAGGUGGCCCCAGUGAGCCACACCUCCUGGCAUUCAUACCCUCCCACACAGUACCAAGAUUGGUCUGUGUGACUGAUAGAAGGAGGCAGAAGUGACACUGUGUCACGUCCAAGAUCAGGUCAUAAAAGACAUUGCAGCCACUCUCUUUCUCUCUCUCUUUCUCUCUCUCUUGCUCUCCCUCCCUCAUUCAUUCUUAGUUGGCUCUCUGACUUUGCGGAAGCCAGGGGCAUGAUGAGCAGCCCUGUGGAGAGGUCCAGAUGGCAAGUAACUGAGGCCUCCGGCCAACAGCCCUGUGAGUGACCUUGGAAAUGGAUCAUCCAGCUGAAGUGGCUCCUUCAGCCACAGUGGAGCCUUCAGAUGAGAUCACAGCCCCACAAAAGCCUCUGAGCCAGAGCCACCCAGCUAAGCUGCUCCUGGAUUCCUGACCCUCAGAAACUGUGUGAGAUAUUAAACGUUUGUCAU